GCCUGGGAUCUGAGGAUUUCUUUUGGUUCAUAAGAAGUUGGAGCUGUGUGAGACGGAGCCUCUCCCCCCUUCUGCAAACAUCCAAAGAAAGAGGCCAGAGCUGACCAGCGCAGCUGGGAGCUGGACACCCAUUCCUGGCAAGGAUCCAUCUUCCAGGGGCUCUGAGACCUGCCUCCAGCCCCGCCCCUGCCUUUGAGCAGACAGUCCAUGUUCCUGGAAAGCCAUCUGAGGACUGCUCCUGGAUAAUUGCCAAGCCCAGCGGGAGUCAGACCCAGCCCAAGACGGGGGCUCAGGCCGGGGCCAUGCGGGACAGGCUAUACCUAAAGCAAAAGCGAAACGACAGUGAUCAUGGUGUUCGCCAUGUGUGUCUGUGUUCACGUGUGGCAGAGGCAGCCGAGGGGCACCGACUGGAGAGAAUCCUGGACCUGGAGGCAGGAAGGGUCCUGAGGAGCAGGAUGGCAUCCUGGGUGUGGGCGCUGACUCUGUGGAGCGCCAUGUGGCACGUGGUUCACAGCUCAAGGCCCAGGAAGCUGGAAUUCUUCCGCAGCAAAACAGAGCUGAACCAUUUGGUGGUCGAUGACGUGUCAGGGACCGUGUACCUGGGGGCCGUGAAUGCCCUCUACCAGCUCACCACCGACCUCCAGCUGGUGCAUAUGGUGGAAACGGGGCCCGCUCUGGACAACAAAAAAUGCACGCCCCCCAUUGAGCAGAGCCAGUGCCAGGAGGCCGUGUUCACAGACAACGUCAACAAACUGCUUCUGCUGGACCGGCCGGGCGGGCGGCUGGUGGAGUGUGGCAGCCUGUUCAAGGGCAUCUGUGCCCUGAGGGAGCUUGGCAACAUCUCACACCGCAUCUUCUACGAGGACAGCAGCGGCGAAAAGUCCUUCGUGGCCAGCAACGACGAGCGGGUGUCCACGGUGGGGCUGGUGACCAGCGUGGGCAGAGGGGAUGAGGGCGGAGGGCUGGCCGAGCGUGUGCUCUUUGUGGGCAAAGGCAACGGGCCUCAUGACAAUGGCAUCAUCAUCAGCACGCGCCUGUUGGACCGCAAGGACGGCAAGGAGGCCUUUGAGGCCUACACGGACCACACAGCCUUCAAGGCUGGCUACCUCUCAGCCAACACCCAGCAGUUUGUGGCUGUGUUCGAGGACAGCGACUACGUCUUCUUCCUCUUUAACCAGCAGGACAAGCAGCCUGCCAAGAACCGCACCCUCGUGGCGCGCAUGUGCAAGCAGGACCCCUUCUACUACUCCUACUUUGAGAUGGACCUGGAGUGCCACGGCAACUCGGGGGAGGUGUACAGCGUCUGCCACGCGGCCUCUGUGGCCGCCCCGGGGGCCACACCCGGGGCCGGCCAGGUGCUCUUUGCUGUCUUUGGCAAAGAUAGUAAGGGCAGCGGUGGCAACCCCCGCUCUGCCCUGUGCCUCUUCCCCUUGGCGGAUAUCCAUGAGAAGAUGGAGGAAAACAGGAACAAGUGUUACACGGGGGCCCAGGGCAGUGGCUCCCAGAACUUCUACAAGCCCUUUCACGGGGAUGUCCAGUGCGCGAGCCACGGGCCAAUGGCCAGCCAGAGUUUCCGCUGUGGCUCAGAGCACCUGCCGUACCCCCUGGGGAGCCGGGAUGGACUGGUGGGCACUGCUGCGCUGCAGAGAGACGGCCUGAAUCUGACGGCGGUGACGGUGACAACUGAAAAUGGGCACACCGUGGUCUUACUGGGGACGUCGGAUGGCCGCAUCCUCAAGGUGUUCCUGACGGCUGAUGAUGGCGAGUCCAAGGAAUAUGGUUCCAUCCUGGUGGAGCUUAACAAACGCAUUGAGAGAGACCUGCUGCUGUCUGCCAAUGGGACCAGUCUCUACGUUAUGACCCAAGACAAGGUUUUCCGGCUUCCUGUUCAGGACUGUCUCAGUUACUCAACCUGUGAGCAAUGCCAGAAUUCUCAGGACCCUUACUGUGGCUGGUGUGUGCUUGAAGGACGCUGCACCAGGAAGGUCGACUGCCUGAGGGCAGAGGAAGAGAAUCAUUGGCUCUGGAGUCGGGGGAACACCUGCGUAGCCGUCACCAGUGCCCAGCCCCAGAACAUGAGCCGCCGGGCUCAGGGUGAGGUGUAUUUGACGGUCAGCCCGCUCCCAGCUCUGACAAUCAAUGAUGACCUUCAGUGUAGCUUUGGAGACUCGCUGGCACACCCUGCCCAUGUGAAAGGAGACACCAUCAUCUGUAACUCCCCCAGCAGCAUUCCCCCCACGCCUCCGGGCCAAGACCACGUGGAGGUCCGGAUCGUCCUCACCUUCCUUCGGACUCCUGUGUUCUUGACCUCUCACAUGUAUCCGUUCUAUGACUGCAAGGAGGCCAUGAGUCUGGCAGAGAACGUGCCGUGCAUCUCUUGUGCCAGUAAUCGCUGGAACUGCCAGUGGGACCUGAGAUACCAUGAGUGCCGAGAGUCUUCUGCCAACCCUGAGGAGGGCAUCAUCAAGUCCCACAUGGAAGAGAACUGUCCCCAGUUCCUGAACCCCAGUCCACUGGUCAUUCCCAUGAACCAUGAGACGCCUGUGACCUUUGAGGGAAAGAACCUAGAUCCGGUGAAGGUGAGCUCCCUGCACGUGGGCAGUGAGAAGCUGAAAUUUGAAGAACCAGUGAGCACCGGGGAGUCAGGCACCUUUACUUUUACAACCCCCAAGUUAUCCUAUGAUGGGAAUGAGACGCUGCCUCUGAACUUGUACAUCAAGUCUUAUGGGAAGAACAUUGACAGCAAACUGGAGGUGACCCUGUACAACUGUUCCUUUGGCCGCAGCGACUGCAGCCUCUGCCUGGCCUCCAACCCUGCCUACAGCUGUGUGUGGUGUGGGGGCCAGAAUCAGUGUGUAUACGAGGCCCUGUGCAGCAACAUCACCACCGAGUGCCCGGCACCCGUCAUCACCAAGAUUGAACCUGAGACAGGCCCCCUGGGCGGUGGCAUUCGGGUCACCAUCCUGGGCUCUAACUUGGGCAUCCGAGCUGAUGACGUCAAGAGGAUCACAGUGGCUGGCAAGAACUGUGAUUUUCAGAAGGCCCAGUAUUCUGUGUCCACCAGGAUUGUGUGCGAGGUUGAGCCUUCUGAGGAAGCCAUUACUGGGGGGAUCGAAGUGGACAUAAACGGGAAGCUGGGCCAGUCACCUCCCCACGUCCAGUUCACCUACCGGCAACCAGUACCCAAGGAGGUGAGCCCCAUCCAGGGGCCCCAGGCUGGCGGGACUACCCUGGUCAUCAGCGGCUCCUACCUAGACACCGGUUCCCCCAAGGACGUCCGGGUGAUCCUGGGCAACUCCAAGAAGGGUGUGCCCUGCGAGGUCAUCGAAUUUGGGCCCGACAUCCGAUGUGUCACAGGGCCCUAUGAGGCCCUGGGCGAGGUCCCCAUUGAGGUCUUCUACGGCAGUUCCUUGACAUCAGGGAACCGAAUCACCUUCACUUACCGGGAGAACCCUGUGCUAAAGGCCUUUGAGCCUCUGAGGAGCUUUGUCAGCGGAGGCCGCAAUAUCAACAUCACAGGCCAGGGAUUUGACCUGAUCCAGAACUUCUCCAUGGUCGUGAUUGCAGAGCCCCUCAGAUCUUGGAGCAAGAGGAGGAAGAGGCAGGCUCAGAGCCCCCUCCAGGCCACGACGGUGGUAGGGACCACGUAUAUCCGGUACAGUGACACCAAAGUCGUCUUCUCAUCCCCCCAAGUCCCCGACGAGCCCGAGGCCUACAACAUCACCACACUGCUCCAGAUGGACGGCCACCGUGUCCUGCUGAAGACGGAGGCGGGGGCCUUUGAAUACGUUCCAGACCCCACCUUUGAGAACUUCACCGAUGGGGUCAAGAAGCAGGUCAACAAGCUUAUCCAUGCCAGGGGCACCAACUUGAAUAAGGCAAUGACCAUCCAUGAGGCAGAGGCAUUUGUGGGUGCUGAGCGAUGUUUCAUGAAGACGCUGACUGAGACCGACCUGUACUGUGAACCCCCAGAGGUACAGCCACCCCCCAAACGGCGGCAGAAGCGGGACACCACCCACAACCUUCCUGAGUUCAUCGUGAAGUUUGGUGCCCGCGAGUGGGUCCUGGGCCGCGUAGAGUAUGACACGCGGAUGAGCGACAUGCCCCUCAGCAUCAUCCUGCCCCUGGUGAUCAUCCCCAUGGUGGCCAUCAUUGCCUUCUCCAUCUACUGCUACUGGCGGAAGAGUCAACAGGCCGAACGCGAGUAUGAGAAGAUUAAGUCUCAGCUGGAAGGCCUGGAGGAAAGUGUCCGGGACCGCUGCAAGAAGGAGUUCACAGACCUGAUGAUUGAAAUGGAGGACCAAACCAAUGACGUGCACGAGGCUGGGAUUCCUGUGCUCGAUUAUAAGACCUAUACAGACCGGGUCUUCUUCCUGCCCUCCAAGGACGGUGACAAGGACGUCAUGAUCACAGGGAAACUGGACAUCCCUGAGUCUCGCAGGCAAACAGUGGAGCAGGCUCUCAACCAGUUCUCCAACCUGCUGAACAGCAAAUCCUUCCUCAUCAAUUUCAUCCACACACUGGAGAACCAGCGGGAAUUCUCAGCUCGGGCCAAGGUCUACUUUGCGUCCCUGCUGACGGUGGCCCUGCACGGGAAGCUGGAGUACUACACGGACAUCAUGCGGACACUCUUCUUGGAGCUCAUGGAGCAGUACGUGGUGGCCAAGAACCCCAAGCUGAUGCUAAGGAGGUCAGAGACUGUGGUGGAGAGAAUGCUGUCCAACUGGAUGUCCAUCUGUCUAUACCAGUAUCUCAAGGACACCGCUGGUGAACCUCUUUACAAGCUCUUUAAAGCCAUCAAACACCAAGUGGAGAAGGGCCCUGUGGACGCUGUGCAGAGGAAGGCCAAGUAUACCCUGAAUGACACAGGUCUACUGGGGGAUGACGUGGAGUACAUCCCGCUGACUGUGAAUGUUAUCGUUCAGGAGGAAGGUGUAGACGCCAUCCCUGUCAAAGUCCUCAACUGUGACACCAUCACCCAAGUAAAAGAGAAGAUAAUUGACCAAGUGUACCGCACGCUGCCCUGCUCGAGGUGGCCCAAGGCCGAGACUGUCGUCCUGGAGUGGCGUCCUGGAUCCACGGCCCAGAUCCUGUCUGACUUGGACCUCACCUCACAGCGUGAUGGCCGCUGGAAACGGAUCAAUACCCUCAUGCAUUACAAUGUCCGGGAUGGGGCCACCCUCAUCCUUUCUAAGAUGGGGAUCUCCCAGCAGCCUGAGGACAGCCAGCAGGACCUGCCUGGAGAACGCCAUGCCCUUCUGGAGGAGGAGAACAGAGUGUGGCACUUGGUAAGGCCCACAGACGAGGUGGAAGAAGGGAAAUCCAAGAGGGGCAGCGUGAAGGAGAAGGAGAGAACGAAGGCCAUCACGGAGAUUUACCUGACCCGCCUGCUCUCGGUGAAGGGCACACUGCAGCAGUUUGUAGACAACUUCUUCCACAGCGUCCUGACCCCCAGCCCGACCGUGCCGCCAGCUGUCAAAUACUUCUUUGACUUCCUGGACGAGCAGGCAGAGAAACACGAAAUCAAGGAUGAGGACACAAUUCACAUCUGGAAAACCAACAGUUUACCGCUCCGGUUCUGGGUGAACAUUCUGAAGAACCCUCACUUCAUCUUUGACGUCCAUGUCCCAGAAGUCGUUGACUCUUCCUUGUCUGUCAUUGCUCAGACUUUCAUGGACGCCUGCACCCGGACAGAGCACAAGCUGAGCAGGGACUCUCCUAGUAACAAACUACUCUAUGCCAAAGAGAUUUCCACCUACAAGAAGAUGGUGGAGGAUUACUACCGAGGGAUCCGACAGAUGGUACAAGUGAGCGACCAGGACAUGAACACCCACUUAGCCGAGAUUUCCCGGGCACACACAGACUCUCUGAACACCCUUGUGGCCUUGCACCAGCUGUACCAGUACACACAGAAAUACUAUGACGAGAUCAUCAAUGCCCUGGAGGAGGACUCUGCUGCCCAGAAGAUGCAGCUGGCCUUCCGCCUACAGCAGAUUGCUGCAGCUCUGGAGAACAAGGUCACAGACCUCUGACGCCUCAUGCUGCCCAGCUAUGCCAGCGAAUCUCUUUCCUCAUCUGAGGAUAAUCGUGUCCCAUUUUAAAAUGUCCAAUUCUGCAAGAAAGAGAAAUCAUGGUUUUCUGAAUCAGCAAA